UGUCUUUAGCAGUUGAACGAUGGAUGGCCAAACGCUGAACCCCGUUCCGUUUCACGCCACUCGCGAGCCAUGCUCGGCUCACGAAACGCUUCGCUUCCUGGCCGAACCGCCGUUCCUUUACGUCCCUUUAUUCGAUCAUCAUCACUUCCACUUCCCACCAUGCAAUCUGCGUCCGCAUCUCGAGUUUCCGAAGUCCGAAGCGCGGGGCGAAACGGAGACGGAGGCGAAGCCCGCCGUCCUCGACGGGAUCGCGGCCGUGGUGGGCGAGGACGUGCUCUUCGGAAAGAAUAAGAGGAAGAAGGAUGCCGAGGGCGGCGGCGUGACUGCCCGGAGCGUCUCGCCGCGCGCCGUGUCUGAGGCUAGGGAAGUGCAUGGGGACGACGACGGCGACCGCAAGGCCCUGGACGUCGCGGGGGGUUCGUCGGCGGGGCAGAGGAGCUAUAGGGGGGUGAGGAAGAGGCCGUGGGGGAGGUGGUCGGCGGAAAUAAGGGACAGGGUAGGGAGGUGCAGGCACUGGCUGGGGACGUUCGACACGGCGGAGGAGGCGGCGAGGGCGUACGACGCGGCGGCGAGGAGGCUGAGGGGUGCCAAGGCGCGGACCAACUUCCAGAUACCCCCGGUGGUGCCGUUCCUGUCGCGGCCGCCGCCGGGAAACGACAGCAACGGUAGGAACAGGAAUGCCGGUGAGGGAGGGAAGAAGAGGAAGGAUGGGGUGGGUGGCGGGAGGAAAUGUUCGGUCGUGACAUCGCUGGAGCACCUGUUCAGUUCAACAAACGGUCGUGGCGUUGGCGUUGGCGUUGGCGUUGGAGGUGGUAACCGUAACAGUAAUGUGGAGCUGGAUUUGAAGCUUGGUGUUGGCUUUGGUCUUAGGAACGCUUCUGCUAAAACAAUGGCUGUUUAAGCUCUACUAUAAUCGCUCUCUUUCUUAUGUUUGGGUCGAGCAGUGUGCUUGUGGUAGUUGCAAUACAGCCACGAGCUGAAAUUGCAGGUCUUCCCUCGGUGCACGUCAAAGAGUAGCAGGUGGGGAUCUUUUUGUGUUUUGAUGCGAACAAAUCUGCAUGCAACGCAACUGAGUGUAUGUAAGAACUUUGGGAAGAUGGCUAUAAUUAGCAGAACUCGACUGGUUAUGCUUAUGAUGUGGUGAAAAGCUUGCAAUUUGCGCCUCUCUCUC